AUGGAACCUUCGUAUCAUAUGGAUGUUUUACGUGGACGAUACCAAAAACUUCCUGAAGUUCGAUCAAAAGUCGUUCGUGUUUUUAUUAGUUCGACUUUUUCUGAUACACUCAGUGAACGAGACUCAUUGAUUGAUACUGUUUUUCCUAAAUUAAAAGAUUAUUGUCGUGAAAAAUAUGGUUUGGAAUUUCAAUACUCAGAUAUGCGAUGGGGUAUUCAAACUGAAUCAGCUGAUAAUCAUAGUGAAGUUGAAACUUGUCUUAAUGAAAUACGAUUAUGUCAAAAAUAUUCGGUCGCUACUAAUUUUGUGGUUUUAUUAAGUCAUCGUUACGGUUCACGGCCAACAGCGGCUACUAUUUCAGCAACACUCUUUGAACAAUUGUAUCAAAUUGUUAGUUCGAAUGUAAAUCUUCAAAAAGAUGCUCAAUUACUUACUCAAUGGUAUCAAAAAGAUACCAAUUGUGUACCACCUGCUUAUAUACUUCGUCCUAUCUCAUCGAUAUUACCAAAUAUCAAAUCUAAGGAUUCUGAUGAGAUGAAACAAGCGUCUAAAGAAUGGACAAUAAUUAAUAAUCAUAUUCGAACAUGUCUGAGACAAGCGGCAACUACAUGUUUCGAACAAGGUCAAAUUAGUAAAAGUGAUUAUGAUGAUUUUUUCAUAUCAGUCACAGAAAAAGAAAUUAUCAGCGGUAUUUUAUCAGCAUCUGAUGUUAAUCAACGAACAUUGUGUUUCUUACGUGAAAUCGAUGAUAUUCAAAAUCAUUUAUCGGAUAAUAAAGCAUCAAAAUUUAUAGAUUUAAAUUAUUCAGAUGAUGACAAACCUAUUAUUGAUCAAGAAGCUGAACAAUUACUCAAUCAUCUGAAAAAUACACGUAUUCCAAAUGUAUUACAGAAGAACAAUAUAUUUUCAUAUAAAGUACAUUGGGCGCCCGAUGGUAUUAAUCGUCGUGAUCAUGCUGAAUAUAUUGAUCGAUUUAAUGAUGAUUUCUACAAUGCAAUUAAACAACAAAUCGAUAGUUGUGUGAAAUCGCGUGUUACAAUCGUUUCUAAUCCAUUACAACAUGAAGUAUUAGAACAUGCUAUACAAUGUAAAACAUACGUGGCUAAAUUUCAUGGUCGAACCGAUGUUCUAGAUAAACUUGAAAAAUAUAUUAACAAUGAUAAAAAAAAUCGGCCAUGUAUUGUUUAUGGAGCAUCAGGCUGUGGAAAAACAAGUGUUCUUGCUAAAGCUGCAACUAAAGCAUUGGAAUGGUGGUCUGAUCGGUCUGUAUCAGUCAUUUUGCGGUUCCUUGGAACAACUCCAUCUUCAUCAACGGUUUACAAAACUAUUCUAUCGAUAUCAGAACAUAUUUGUAAAUUAUACAAUUUAUCAAUGCAAAUCUAUCCAGAUGUACAACAACUACGUCAUCAAUUACAAAGUGAUCUCCUAACACGUAUACCUAGUGAAGAAUAUCUCAUUAUUUUACUUGAUUCAAUUGAUCAAUUAGAAGUAGAUGCAUAUGAUUGUCAAUGGUUACCUGAAUUAUUUCCUGCCAAUGUUAAAUGUAUUGUAUCAACAUUACCUGAUCAUGGUAAUAUUUUAUCCAAUCUAAAAAGAAUUAUUAAUUACAAUCCAUCUUUACCAAAUGAUACAGAACAUAUCUUAGUAUCUGUACCACCUUUUGAAGUAUCAACAGUUGAUAUAGUAUAUACUGAUUGGCUCGCCAUGAAACAACAUUCAUUGAACGAUGAACAACGUACAUUUAUUCGUGAAUUAAUGGGAGAACAAACUGAAAUUCUACCUUUAUAUAUGAAACUUAUAUUUGAUAUCAUUUCUAGUUGGCAUUCUUAUGAUCCUAUUGAUACUGAAUUAAAAAAUCUUAAGACUGUUGAUCAUUGUAUUCGUUAUCUUUUUGAUCAUUUAAAAACAGUACAUAAUAGUAUAUUAUUCCAUCGUGCAAUAUGUUAUAUGACAGCAUGUCGAAACGGUAUUAGUCAAAAUGAACUUGAAGAUGUACUUUCUCUUGAUGAUGAUGUUCUUAAAAGUGUAUUCGAACAUUAUAUACCACCUAUUAGACGUUUACCUGGUAUUCUAUGGACGAGAAUUCGAAAUGAUUUAGAUGAAUAUAUUACAGAAAAAGAAGUUGAUAAUUCAUCGGUCAUCUAUUGGUAUCAUCGUCGAUUCAUUGAAGUAGCAAAUGCUCAAUAUAUUGCCAAAAUGAAUAGUGACGAACGAACUAUUGUUUUUCAAAACAUGGUUGAUUUAUACAAAGAAACAUGGAAAGGAAAAAAUAAACCAUUUAAAAUAGACGAUCCAAAAUUGGUGAAUAAAUAUAAUUUGAAUGAAUCAAAUGGUGAAAUUCAAGCAAAUAGAUUUAUAACUUCACAACCAAUUGAAUUUAUUGAUGAUAAUGGUUGUGUUCAAUUUAAUAAAAGAAAAUUAAAUGAGUUACCACAAUUUUUAAGUCAAUUGACAAGCAAUUUAGCGAUUCCUAUUGCUGCUGAAGAAAUCUUUUUCAAUUAUUCUUUUAUGCGUGCUAAAGUUGCAUGUUCAACUUUCAAUGACAUUAUGGAAGAUUUUCAAAAAUUUAAAAGUUCAUCUUCAUAUCGUCUUUCACCAGAAGUAAUAGAAACAAAAAAAGAAUUAGAUAUUUUCAUAUCUCUAUAUUUGAUUAUUGGUGUUCAAGUUCAAGAACAUCCAGAUAAUUAUUCUUUUGAAGUUUGUUCACGUCUUUUAAGUUUAUUUAGUAUUAAACCACAUAUUACUAAUUUAAUCAAACAAAUUGAUGAACAAAGUAUUCGUUAUUGUUCUUUAAUUGUACCUUAUUGUCAACUUCAACCACCGGGUAGUGGUUUAAUCUAUUCUAUGAAUUUACAUACGGCAUCUAUUGUUGAAAUGGAUUUUACUGAUGAUCAAAUGAUACUUAUUUCUCUUUCGGAUAGAAUUAUUGUUACUGAUAUGCAAGCAACAAAAGUCGUUUUAGAUAUUAAUCUACCGACAUUGGAUGAACCUUAUUUAAAUUCAACAACAUUCUCAGAAGGAUUUAUUUCUGAUGGAAACAAUGGAAUUACAAAUAAUGUCACGUCUGGUAAUAAAAAUGAUGAUUUUCAACAAUAUCACUUUCUUGUUAAUUCUUUACAUCAUAUUUAUUUUCUAUCUGCUCAUGAGAAUAUCAAGUUUGAACGAUCGUCUAAAGUUGGCUAUUUGACUGUUGAAAUUCUUCAUAAGAGACAUGCACUUUGUAUCAUAGCAGAACGAAAAGGUAAUUCUGUCGAAUGUUGGAAUCUUGUUAAAAAUCAAUUGUAUGAUCGAAUUGAUUUUCCAAAAUCAAUAGUUAAAAAUGUUCUUUGUGUUCCGAUGAAAGGAAUGAUUGUAACUAUUCUUCAAGAUGGAACUAUACAUAUACAUUCAAUUAUUGAUUGGAUGAAAUCUUCGUUCAUUCAUCGAGGUUCAAUCAAUGGUGGAUCUCAUCUUGAUCUUGUCGUUGUUGAUGGAGCAAUGUUAAUUACUACAUUUGAUGCAUCCGUUCCUAUUGAUUUCGCUGUAAUUGGAUUAGAACAAUUUCAAGAUAGUGAACAAACAUUAUCUGACAAUCAAGUACUUAAAACACUGGUUACUUUUGAUCCUCCGAUAGCACCAAAACCAAUAAAAAGUAUUAUAUUACCAGAUAAAGAAGCCACGAGUAAAGCUACUAAGCAUGCAAAUUUUCCGCUCUUUAUGUGUAAGACAACUAACUAUCUAUAUGUGGUUCAUAAAUGCAAUGAAAAGGACGUAUCCUAUGUACGUAUUAAUGGUCUAUUCGAUAUUGUAUCAACACAUGCAAAAAAUCCUCAUACUAUAUAUACAGCUCGUGGAGGAAUUAUUGAACUUUAUAAAUGGAAAUGUCAUAAGAAUGAAGAUAAUGAUGGAAAGAAAAAUACACAUACAUGUCAAUUAUAUGUUUCGAUAGAUAUCAGUGCUUCAACAGUAACUUCAAUUAAAGCUUCGUCAGAACAUGCGAAUCUAUUUUUAUGUUCAAUGGAAAAUGGAGCUAUUCAUGCCUAUUUUGCAUCACAUGCACGUAAAGCAUACAAAAGUAUGCCAUUUUUUCCACGUACAAACCAAGUCAUACGAACUGUCCAAUUACUUGAAAAGACUGCCGUGACUUUGGAUGAUUCAAAACGUGAACUGACAACAUGGUCAUAUCAACAUUCGGCAUCAAUUGAAUCUACUCGUCUAUUUCUGAAUGACAUAACUGUUAACGAGUUUGUAAUUGCAUCGGGUAUUUUACAUUCAAAGGAUAUAUAUGUAUUGAUAUUUACAAAUAAUUAUUCGAUUGAAGUUUAUUCGGCUACAUCACUUAAUCGUACGCCUCUUUUCAGUCUUCAUCUUCGAUCGCCAGCAAGAAUACAUUCAACAUCUAAUGGAAUCUUUUACGCUGUAACAUGCAAAGGUAUCGUCUAUACUAUUGUACAGCAAAUAACUGCGAAGAAAGAAAUUGAAUUCCAUCAGAAAAGUGAUAUACAAUUGAAUAUUCAAUGUUCAAUGAUGUUUAGUUCGAUUUUAACACUCGAUGGAUUAGAAAAUUUGAUUGUUUUUGCUGAUAAUGGACAAUCAAUGGCAAUCUGUAAUAUAGAAAAAAUCAUCUAUAUUGAUAUAAAUGUAUCACCUUAUGUUUCAUCAUCACAAUUAAAAUCUAUCACUAGUGAUCGAACAGGAAAUGAUCUAUUACUAUAUUUCAAUAAUAAAUCUCUUAUUUUAAAUCGAGUAAAUCUAAAUAAAUCAAAUGAUAAAGAUUCUAUUCAUUUGACUCCAUUUAAUCAAGUCGAUAAAUUCUGUUUGAAAAAACAUUGUCUUGCUGUAUACAACAAAGAACAAAAUCAACUUAAUUUACACAAUAUUCAUUCAAGUACACCUUAUCAAUCGAUUCAACUUGAUAAUGAAUGUCAAUAUUUAUGUUUGAAUGAAUCUGGAACUUACGCUUUUGUAUUAAUCAAACCUCGUAUGUUAUUCAUGUAUCGAAUUGAUGAUGGUCGACGAUUGGCCAAAUUAUAUGCUUAUGAUUUCGUCUCGUAUAUGAUUGCUGAUAAUGAUUUUCUUGUCUUAGCUAUGAAUGAUCGACGUUUACUUACAUUAAUGAUUGCUGAUCCAGAUGAUUCAACAGUGCAAGCAAAAAUACAAGCAUUACCAAGCAGAACUAUUCAACGCUUGAAUGAAUCUGCGACGAUAAAACUUAUUGAACACAUGGAAAAGAGUACUAAUAUGAGUUUAAGUGAUGAAGGAGAAUCUGACUCGGAAGAAAAAGAGGAUACACACAAUCAUCAUUCAAUAAACAAAAAUGUUUCUAAUACUAGUACACAAACAAUGGUACAACCUGCUAGUCUCUUUCGCUGUGUUACUCGAUUGAAUGGUCGACAUUCAUUAUCGAAGAUGAGUGGUGACAAAGAAAUACGAUCGAAAGUUAUGAAUACAUGGACGAAUAGAUCAGCUACGAUUAAUAUUGCAGAAAUGGUAGAUGAUUCCGAUAAUGAAAAUCAUGAUGAUGAUAACGAUGUUGAAUCACCUGGUUCGAUUAUUAAAAAUGAACAAGAACAACAUGUUAACACUGAUUUGAGUGAUAUUCAUCAAAGGGUAUUAGAGUACGAUCAACAACAACUUAAAGGAAUUCAAUUUGCAAAUGCAGGUGAUGGAAAUUUAAGAGUUGUGAAUAGUUAUGCCGUCAAUUCAAAUACAUGUAUUAUCAUCUAA